UCAGUUCUGGGUCAGAACAACUCUAAUUCAGCAGCUAUGUCUCUAAAAGGAACUCUUGUUUGCCUCUGCUCACUGGCAGUCUGGUCCUCCUCUGCAGCUCAAGAUGAAAGUAUGCAUCAGAACUGCAGCCCACAAGCUGGAAAUCUAUCAGCUGCUCUCAAGGAGGCGGUAGAUUGCGGUGAGAACCUGCCGUGGAGCUCACAGCAGACAGCUGCACUGCUGCUCUCCAUGAGGAAUCUGACUGAUAGUCUGCACAAACGCCAGCUGAGAGAGUGCCAAGGUGCAGAGCCAAAGGAGUGCCCUCCAGCCGAAGUCCCCGACAAUGGAGGGUUGGUCUGCGUCACAGUUGCGAACAAGCGCUACUGCAAACCUCUGUGCAACAACGGUUACGAUUUUGGUUUCAUGAGGAUAAGUCGUCUGUACGAUGUAUGCAGCCAGUGGAGUAUCACAGGGCACAGAUGGGAUACUCAGUAUGUAGGAGGGAACAAGCUGGCUGUGUGCAACAAAGCGUCCUUUCAAUUAUCUGGAGCGAAGACGGCAUAUUUUCCUAGAGAUCAGGACUGCCUGACAACAAAGAGCAGCAGCCGCCUGCAGGACGGCGUCAUUGAAGGGUUUAAAGCUGAGCUGAAGAAUGAGGGCGUACAGGGGGAGGCGCAGUACGCCUGCCUCGUAUGUGGACAGUGAGUCUGGGAAAAUGCCUCGGACAUGUCAUGAAGUUUGUGGAGUAAACGUCCCUCCAAGUUGCACAAUGAGAUGAAGCUUUGAAGUAGCUACAAACUGACUGACUCAAGAAUAAAAUUGUACUUGAACUUGA